GUCCAUGGAAAGAGCUGUGUUUAGCGGUUGAAUUGCGAAACACUGACGAACAAAUAAACAUAACCUCUUUAGUUUUGUUUGCAUUCAUAUACCGAGCUUGUACGUGAGUGUCAAAGACAGCUGUCAAAACGAUAAAUAUGACCUCAGAAACUCCCUUGGGUCUAGAAACCGACGCAAAAGAUGUUGCCACGCUGUCUGAAUUAUUCGACAAGGCAUUCGAAUUGUUCAACGACUUAAAUAAAACUCACGAGCCGACGAAUAGUCCAAAAGUCCAGUCUGAUAUUAAACGAGCUAUGAGCAUGUUGGAGGAAGCCACAAAAUUAGUAUCAAUAGUCGACAUGUUUAGUCAAAACGAAACUUUCGACGAAGUGGCUACGGAAAAUAUCAAAUAUUUUUUAUUGCCAGUCUUCCUUGGUAUGCUCGCAACAAAAAUUUGUAACACGGACGACAGAAUGCAUGUCGUUAACGUCGCCGAGAUUUAUUUCAUUGACUUUCUGAAACGCGUGAAAGCUUACGGUCUAACCGAUAUCGAAGUACCAGAGAUUAAAACAGAAACUGAGACAGAGAGUGCGCCUGGAAAAGUUCGAACGAACGCAGAGUUGAUCACCGAAAUGGUGAACCGGAGGAACACGAAAUUGCAGAGGUACAAAGAACAGAAAGAGUUGGAAUCGCGUUUGGAAGUAUUGAGAAAGCAUCUGUCCGACCCAAACAUCGAUGACGAAGUUAAAAGGGAUUAUUUUGUGACGCUUAUCAGAUUGUAUGUGAAUUUGACGAUCGAGGAAUUAAGCUCGUUAGCUGCGGAGAAACCGAUCUUAGAACACAUGAAAAGGAUGGGAAAAACCGAGAUGAUGUCCGGUCAGGUGUCGCAAAAGCGGAAACCGGCUCCGCCGACACUACAGCCUAUUAUUAUUACACGGGACGAUGUGCAAAAGAAAGUCUUUGGAGCUGGUUAUCCUAGUCUACCCGUUAUGACUGUUCAAGAAUUUUAUGAUCAGCGAGUAAAAGAUGGCGAUUGGCCGGAUCCUGCACAGCAACAUGAAGCAAACGCAAAGUGCUUGCAAGAUAUGGUAAACAAUCAAGGGGCUGAUGAUGAGCAAGAAAUAAUUCAGAAGGAAAGUAUGAUUGAAUCCGAUGACCCAGAGAUGUUAAAACGAUUACGUAACAUGGACGAGUAUAAAGAUACUCACAGAAGAGGAUGGGGUAAUCGUGCAAAUAGAAGUUGAACAGGAAAAAAUUGUUUACACUAUGAAUGCGAUAGUUAUCAGUUUCUUACAAUGUAUCUACCAAUUUCCUGACUCAUGUUACAUCGUCACUUCCUGUAUAUUACCCUUUACUGAACUACUGUAUCGUUGAAAAUUAUAUUUACACAAGAACACUUGGAUGAAUAAACAAAAGAAAAUUGUGUGUUUAAAAAAGAA